GCUGUAGUGCCCGGCGGGGCGCCGCGGCCGCCUCAGGACGCAGCGGCGGGAGGAGCGCCCGGGCGCCUCGCCUGGUGGGCCCUUAGCGCAGCCGGCCGCGGGACGAGUAGGCGGCGGCGGCGGCCCUCCAGCGGGCCGCUCCCUAGGGUGGGCUUGGCGGAGGCCUGGGUCGGCCCCGGAGCCGGGCCCUGAGGACAGCUGCGCGCGCCAGGCCUGGACGGCGGGGCGGAGGGUCCGGGCCUCGACGAGGCGGUGCUCACCGCAGACGCCCGCGGCUGUCGGGCUCCCCCUCCCCCUCCCCCACUGGAGCCCCGGGCCUCGAAGGCGCGGUGUCUCCGGGCCGGCGCCGGAGCGGGUGGUGACCGUGGCAGCGGCGGCGACCGCAGCGGCAGCAAGAGGGGCGGCGACGGCGCGGCUCCCCGGGCCCUGUGUGGGGCCCGACGCGCGGGUGGCGUCGGGCGAGCGGUGCGCGGUAGAGACAGCGGCAGCUGCCCUCCGCCUCCGCCGCGGGUUAGAGGCGCCCGGGCGCGGCGGCGGCGACGGCGGGCCGUUGAGCUGGAGAACCGAGCGGCCAACAAGCUGCUGAUGAAAGCGCGCCAAGUUACCAAGAAUCCUGACCAACGCCUGGGCUGCAAGGCCGACGGAGCAAAGGGUGUCAGAGGGCACCCCGUGUUCAAGGACAUUAACUUCAAGAGGCUGGAAGCACGCACGCCACAUCCCCCUUUCUGUCCUGAUCCACAGGCGGGUUACUGUAAGGACAUCCUGGACCUCAAGCAGUUCUCUGCUGUGAAGGGCAUUGACCUGGACACAGAUACUUUCUACUGCCAAUUUGUUAUGGGCUGUGUCUCCAUCCCCUGGCAGAAUGAGAUGAUCGAGUCAGAAUGCUUCAGGGACAUCAGUGAAAGUGAAAAUGAUGAAAAUGUGGCAUUAGUUCUGGAAAAGAAAACAUGUCAACCAGUUCCUAACCCAAAAAGAGGCUUCUUCUAUAGAUUGCUCAGGAGACGGGUAAAAGCAGGCGCCGGGCUUGGGGGGCUCCACCUGAGGUGCUGCGGAAAGAGGAAUGGUCCGCAGGGCAAAGACAGCUUUCUCUUCUCCUGCCUCUACAUAAGACACUUCGCAGGGCCGAAGAGUGGGGCACCUGAGCCCAGCCAGAAAGUCCUCGGGACAGUGUUGCUGUCGGGAAGAAACCUGUUCUCUGUCCCCGUGAAGCAUUCGGCCCAGGCUGAGCGUCGUCACAGGCGGCACUCGACACUUCAGCCUCUGCAUGGCCCGCCCGAUUGGCAGCUGCUCCCUGUAGCUUUCACAGGGAACGCUGAUGCUCUUUGGAAAACGGACGGUGGUUUGGACAGACUCUCUGCUGUACCAUUACGUUUAGAAUUUUUUUCUCCAAGUGAAGUUUUUCUCCUUGGACUAGAGGGCUGUCCCACUCUGUACCCUGCCUGUUCUCAAGGGCUUUAUUCAGAAGUUGUCCACUAGCAUUCUCACAUCUCUCUUUUCAGUGUUAAAAACAAGCCUUAGGUGGCAAAAUCUCAGAGUGCGUUUACCAUGCCCAUAUAUCCUCCAAGAGCUGGAGGCUUGGGGGGAACUCACACUCUCACUCUCCGGGAAGCCCGGCUCGGGGUGCAGUGAGACCCGCGGGAGGAGCUGCCCCCCACCCCUGGAGGGGCCGUUCUUGGGUUGGGGGGCACAGCUGGUCAGCUGUAACAAUGCUUGGCGCUUCUCCCCCCGCCUGAGCCAGGAGGGACCCGGGUCCUCACUCCCUCGGAGCUCAGCUCUGGACUGAAUUCCGGAGCAUGCAAGGACCUGAGGCAUUGGCGUGUGUGUGUGGGGACCGAGUGCACUCCGCACAGCCAAGUGAACAAAAGGAAAUACUUAAGGGCACUGCCCAUCUACAGUCAGUCCUCAGGGGAGUUCGGCCAGCUUGCGUCGGAAAGCAACUGACAGCCAUCUGCAUGCAUUCCAGGGCUGCAUUAGUGCUGGCACCAACCAGCGAGGAGUGGUGGCUCUCCGGAAGGCUGUGAUCCUCCCUGCCCAGACCGACCCUGACACCAGGGAGCACCUGCUCAGUGUUGUCCCAUCUGUGAAUUGCAAUAAACAUAUGACAUGUCUUAAAACGUG